AUUUUUGGGUAUCUAAAAAAGAAAGAAAAAAAAAAAAACUAAAUUCUAUCAAAUACUGAAUACCAGUGGCAGAGGGUUUUUCUCUUCCCUUUUCUCUCUCUCCAUCUCUCAAUUUACAGUUCAGGGUUUGGUUCUGGAUCCUUGACUCGAUUGUUGAAUGAGGGAGUUUCCGGAUUUCUAGGGUUUUCUACUGAUGGAACUGUUUACCCAUUUCUCCUCAAUCAGUGGGAUUGCUUAUUUUGGUCGUUUUUCUGCCUGUUUACACUGGAUUCCGAUUAUUUGAAGCGUGCCAGAUACAGAUUUGGUUUGAAAUACUAAGUGAUCCUUUUACGGAUUUGAUUUGGGGUUUAAUCUCGGAGUUUUUAUUUUUUUUUCUUACCAAUUGGGGUUUUUACUUCUUUUCUUUAUUGGAUGAAAUCAUAUAGCGCUAUGAAUUGUCUGAAAUAAGGGAAAGAAAAUUGGAAUUUCUUUUUAAGGCAACAGGCAUUUCUUUCUGUGGAAUUGGGACUUUGAAGGAGGACAAUUUCAUUACCAUUUUCCAAUAUAAGGUUUGUCAGUUAGUAGUUUUUGCAAGGAUGUUUCCUUCUGUUGUCAGUAAGAAAUAAGCUUUUGCCCUUUUUUUUUCUCCCUUUAUUUUUUUUUGGUGCUGGGAGCUUGCAUAGAUAGUAAAAAUGGAAAAAGAGAGGGCAUAUGUAGAAGGGACCAACAUUUGUAUGGGUGAUGAGGUUAACCCAGAAGACUCCUUUUGUGGUGAAAUGGAAAUUGAAGAGAAUGAGAUUGGAAGUACGAAGAAUGAAAUUCAACAGUUAACAUCAGAAAAAGGUGAAGGAAGUAAUGUGGUUUUCUCAAGAGAAGGACCCCUUGUUAGUAAAGAGUCAAGAAGGUGUGGUGUGUAUCGUUGUGGUGCAAAGAAACUCAAGUCACAUGCUGUUGUAACCGAGUCUGAGAUUGGCAAGAAAGAGAAUAUUGGCCAUGACAGGAAACUCACUAAACAAGACAGGAUCGAGUUAGGUCGGUUGUUUCAGGGUGCAGUGAGUUCACAUGAUUGGGAACUUGCUGAAAAUUUGAUCCAAUUGGCAGAUCCGCAGACCCUCAAUGAUGCCUUGUGCAUCACUCUGGACUCCAUUUGGUUUUUGAGCACGCAGCAAGAGCUUAAUGGGAUAACUGGAUUGAUCAAGAAGAUCAUUGCUAACGGUGCUUAUGAUUUCACCAGAGCUGCUCUUAGGACAUCUUUUCUGGCUUCAUGUGUUUCUGCCUGCCAGAGCCGAACAAUGAGUCUUGCAGAUACCGUAACCGUGAUGGCUCAAAGGCUGCAUGAGCGUCUCCAGGAAUGCAAUGGGGAUGAGGUCUUGAAGGCAGAGGCUGGUGCCAAGGUUCAAAAGUUCACUGAAUGGGCUUUGAAAUGUAUAGGUUUUCAUUCUCGUUGCCAGGGAAAUAGGGAUAGAGUGAGUCAUAACUCUGCCAUUGAGAUUCAACUUCAAUUAUCUGCAUUCAAGACAUUUUUAGACCUAGCCGGCAAUCAUCUCACGGGGAAGGACUUUACAGAGGCCUUUGAUGCAGCUUGUUUUCCUCUUACUUUAUUCUCUAGUUCAUUUGAUCCUGGCUGGGCAUCUGGGAUAUCAGCUACUGCAAUCCAAGGAUUGUUGGGUAUGCUAGUUGAAGGGGGGGCUGACAAUGUCAACCAGUGUUUUCUUGAAGCCUCUCGUUUUGGAAGUACAGAACUUGUGCGCAUCUUAUUGCAGAUUGCCCAAAGGAACAGCUUGGAUGUUGAUGUUGAUUUGGCCCUUGGUUUUGCUUCUCAUUACUGCAAAAUUGGUACAAUGGAAUGUCUAGUAGAAGAGGGAAACGCUAUAGCUUUCUUAGGCCCUUUGAUGAGAGCGGCAGAAAGGGGCUGUAUGCAAGUUGUUCAGUGGUUUGUGAACAGGGGUUGCCGUGACAUGGAACUCUGCCUUGCCCUUACAGCUGCCACUUCUAGUAGCCAAGUUGAUGUUGCUGCAUAUCUGCUUCCUCAUGUACCUCAGCAUGUUCUUGCUGCCCUGAGUAUUGAAAUUCUCAAGGCUGCUGGUGAGCGAAGUGGUGGGUCACUUGAUGGAGUGGCAUUUCUCCUUCGUUCUGAUUUCUUAGGUGAUCCUGCUGCUUCUUAUGCUGUUGCAGACAGCAUUGCUAGGUCAGACGACGAGGUUGUUGCCCCUGAGCUGAGAGCUUUUCUUCAGGAGCACUGGUCAGAGGCAGCUUUCUUGGAUGGAUUAAGACAAGGUCAAGAACAUUACAUGAAUCUAGUAAGGAUUUUAAAAUGGGGUGGGUCUCCUAUGUGCAUAAGAGAUCUGCCAGGCCCUCUAAGGGUGGCAAUCGCGUACCUGCCACUGUAUAGGGAGUGUAUUGCAGCAGGUGGUAGUCUAUUUUCACAAAGGCUAAGAGGGCAGCUUGUCGAAGCCGUGAGAAGGUUGGGAGGUGGGUCUUUAGAAGGGGUGAGUCAGGGCGGAGAGCUUCUGGCUAUUUUGGAACAUCACCUUCCUCCAUUUUUGGUUCGUGCCCCCACCAGCACUGGCUAGAAGGAUUUCACCGCAGAAUUUCACAACAGUUUUCCCCUUUGUACCUCCUUAUAUGCUAUAGACAAUAACAAAAAUCUGGGCAGUGGUUAAGGUGAAAACUUUUUAAGGUUUGCCAAUUUUCCUUCCAUAAUUUGGUUGGCUAAAUUCCUAUCAUCGUCUCUGCAAUCUCUAUAGCAUAUAUCAUCUGUGUUAAUGGAUAAGCAUGUUGAUCUGUAAUGUAUAAGACACAGAGCAAGUAUUGUCACAAAGGGUUGAUAUAUGGUGCGAAUGUAUAUUAGCCAAGUAUUACUCUUUUGUUA